GGAUGGAGGGAGGAGGAUGGAGGGUGCCGAUUGAUAAUUAACUGAGGUACCUGAAUCAGUGACGUGGGUGGAGAGGAGGAGGAGGAGAGAGAGGGAGAGAGGUGGAGGGAGGCGGGCCGGAGAGGAGAGAGAGAGGUCUCGCCUCUUGUCUUGCUGAGGCUCUUUGAUUCAGUGGCAGUGGCUCAGACAACCCCCGUUACCGGCCACCGUUAACCCGUGAAAACUACGAGCUCCGUCAAACAGAGGAGGAGGAGGAGGAGGAGGCAGCGUCUCAAGAAGAAGAAGAAGAAGAAGCAGAUCAAGAAGGAGAAGAAGAUUUUUGGAGCUUUGCUGCUUGACAGACACCAGAAGUGACAAAGAAGAUGCGCUGUGUGCCAAAGUCAAAGUCAGUCAGUGAGAGCUUGGCACGCACAGGAGUACCCGCGAUGAAGAAACCCGCAAGAAGCUCCACUCGGUAAAAGAAGUGGAGAUACUCAGAGAGACAGACAAGACAGAAGAGAGUGGAAGGCCAAAGAUUAAAACACCAGCAGGUCCUCAAAUGAUGGGGAUAAAGCACCUCCUGCUGCUUUUGAUUUACUUAGACCCGCUGAAUGUCCUGUGCGCCGUCACCACCAAUAAAAAGAGCAAAACCCCGCCGAGGAGGAACCAAAAGGUGAAGGAGGUCAACGGCAGCACCACUGCGGUCCCGUUGGCCGCGGUCGUCCCGGGGAAGAUCACCCAGGUCCAGGCGCCCACGGUCCAGCACGACACCUGCCUGGGUUACUACGACGUGAGCGGGCAGUACGACAAAGAGUUCUCCUGCAACAACACCGACCACCGCUUCUGCUGCGGCAGCUGCUUCCUGCGCUUCUGCUGCGCGGAUCGGGGGAAGCGGCUGGAGCAGAAGAGCUGCACCAACUACAACACUCCGGAUUGGAUCAAAACACAGCCUCCAUCACCUGCGCCAACAGGUGACACGUACGACCCGGCGCUGGACCAGACCAACACCACGGUGUACAUCACCUGCGGGGUCGUGGCGCUCGUCAUCGCCAUUGGGAUUUCUGCAAAAGUUGCCUAUGAUCAAGCCACCAAACCGCCUCAGGAAAUGAAUGUGCACAGAGCCCUGGCAGACAUUCUGAGGCAACAAGGACCCGUUCCAAUAUCUCAGUAUGAACAUGAAAACAUUGCAGCGAUUGAUGGGUCGCCCAAAGACGAGACGCCGGUCAGAAGCUCGAAGAAUCAUUACACACCCGUUCACGCCAAGGCAUCAAACCAUGGGCACUAUGGGAAAGAAAACCUGCGCAGCGGAGGCCAAGACAUGCACAACUUCAUCUCCUCCGGCUUCGUGACACUCGGACGUGGUCACUUGAAAGCGCAGCACUCCAUAGACGAGUCGGGGCAGCUGUCCUGGCAGGGCGAUCUGGACAUCCCCAUCUCCUACGGAAACCACCACCACGACUACCAGCACAGCCACCUGGAUCUGACCAUGCUCACACCUAAACUGGCCCACAGACAAAUGAGAUACGAGAGACCUCAGCGGAUGAACAACAUCCUGACCUCAGCCACGGAGCCCUACGACCUCUCUCUCUCCAGAUCCUUCCAGAACCUCAGCCAUCUGCCGCCGUCCUACGAGCUGGCCCUCAAGUCUGACUUAAGUAAAUACUCCUCCUCCCUCCACAGAUUAAGUGAUAAGGACAUAGAUGAGUACUACACAAGGAAACAUCACCAUCCUGACUUUGGCGGCCGGGGACCAACCCACAUGGUGAAGCUGAACCCAGACCCCCAGCAGCACCAGCAGCACCAGCAGCACCAGCAGCGGCAGCGUCCCCGCCGAGUCCAGAGGGCCAUGUCCCAGGACCACGUCCUGUCUCCUCCCAGGACGCCACGUCGUGGAGACUACGGCUUAUCCUCAUACGGCGUCAUGGCAGCCGCCGCGUACAGCAGCAGCCGCCACCUCUCGGAGGAGCAGCUGCUGUCGGCAGACCGCCUCCACUCCCAGGAUCCAUUGCUGCUGUCUCCGGCGAUGAGGCGUGACAAGUUCCGGGAGAAGGCGAUGGCGCGGGCGAUGUCUCACGCCGACAUGCUGCUGCCCAUCACGCCUGUCAUGGACCGCCACAAGAUGACCAAGAUGCACUCUCAGCCCAGUGCCUCUAACGACUCCUACAACACGCUGACGGUCAACCACCAAGUGACCACGUCUAAGAGGCAGGCGUUUGCCUCCCGACGAACACACACAGUGGACCACCUACAGUACAUUCCCGGCCACCACCACACAUACCGCACUGCCAGUAAGAACGAGGUAACUGUUUAACCGCGGAGUGCUUAGCUGAAGGAUUCCUGAAACACACCACGGACGUCAACAGAAAUCUCCAAAAAAUCAGCAAGUCUGGUUUUCUGUCUUCGUAAUUCAAACAACCUCCUACAUUAAAACACUUCCUGCUUUUUAGCACAAGCUUCCUGUGUCAUCCAGAUUUUGGGUAACUAGAUCAACCACCGGCAAAGAGAUUUCUCUCUUAGAGCAUCAUAAGGGCUUUGCGCGUCGACACAAAGAGGGAUCCUUCAUGUCAGACUUUUGACAGCGUGAAGAAAAUAUUUUUUAAACUGGACAAUGGGACUGGAAGGGAAUUGUAUCAACUUUAUAAAUAUAUAAAUAUACUAUAUUUACUAUUUGUAUUUUCAGUCCUUGUUAUAGCUUUAGAGAUUCUCAUUGACUGAUGUAAGCACUUCAAGUGGUGCCUCUUAAAAUGUUCCCAUUUCGACGAUGAAGUGGAUUUGUGGGUUAAAAAGCACAAUUAACGAAUUCCCUUUUUUUGUUUGCUUUAUUUUACUCUUCUUCUUUGGUAAAUGGCCAGAACAUAUCAGCUUAUUAGUGAAAACAGAGGCUGUUUCUGUUGCAUACAAUAGAUGAUUGUAAAUAGGCUAUAUUAGCAGCAUUAAAAACAAGAAAAAGCUGGCCCUUUGGCAUUAUGUUAUGUUUCGUUUCCUCCCACCUGGAAUCUAUCAUUGGUUCCCAAUUAAUACUUUUAAUUUUAGAUAAGGCAAAGAUCCCAUAUUGAUAUUAUUUCCACAGAUGUCUGCUAAAUAUGUGGAUGUAAUAUGUAUAUGGGGAGUACUUUUUCUUUCUGUUUUUUAACUGUGCUUGUAGCAUAGAGCGAUCGUCUACGAAACAACUGUCGAAUUGGCAGCGUCAGUCUGCGGAUCCACAGGUGAAAAUGGAGCCUGAUGGUUGUCUGAAUUAGCUUAAUUUCUCUUCACACAUUUCCUUACUUCCCCACCUCCCCUGCCCACCUUCGCUCGGGUAGUGAUUGGCCAGCUGCUUCCAUCUCUACAUAUCAGGUACUCUGUGUCGGAUCUGAGGAACGUUUAGGUCGAGUCAUAGUUUUGUGUCAAUGUGUUGACUGAAACAAUCAGUACUAAAAAAAACAAAAAAAAACCGACGUCAUAAUCGCUAGUCAAUCAAGCAUUAAUUAAAACUGUGAACUGUUUGUCCAGAUGUUUUCAUUAAAGCAAUGCCUUAUUGUACGGAGUCACAUAUGCUCUUGAUUGAACAAUCAUGCUUUUGUCAUGUCUUUUGCUUCUUGUGCAAUAUUAUUGAGUAUAAUUUACCAGCAGUAAAAACCUGUACAGUUAAUAGAUGAUACAGUACAUAUACCUCAAAAAGACAAAAUUCAAUUGAAGGCGUGUCAAACUUUAAAAGGAAAACAAUCAGUACAUAUUAGAAGGUAUUUCUAUUGGACAUUUGUUACACCUGAAUUAGCUUUGUUUAAGGUUUAUGGACUCACAGUGCUUUUUGUUUGAACUGGAGAGUAGAAGUCUUCAAGGGUUCGGACACAAACCAGAAUAGGACUGGGUCACUGAGUUAUAUUGAGUCUAAUCAGGUUGGUAUGAUUGUCAAUGUCUACGUCAUGUUAACUCUGAUCCAAUUGUGGAAUCCAAACCACUGCAGGAUAAAAACAUUUUUAAUAUACUAUUUCAAGUAUAACUGCAUUGUUUUGUCAAGUCUCAGCUAUAAGUCCUAAUCAAAGUCCCGAAUCAUUUACAGGUCAAUGACUUUUAGUCCCAAGUCAAGACAAUUCAGUCUAAAGUCAACUCCCAAGUCAGUUUCCAAUUCAGUUCCAAGUCAUGUCCUGAGUCAAGCUAAUUCAGUCCCAGGUCAAGCCCCAAGUCAAGACAUUUCAAUCCUAAGUCAACUCCAAAGUCAGUUCCCAAUUCAGUCCAAAGUCAUGUCUUGAGUGAAAAUCAAGACAAUUCAGUCCCAUGUCAACUCCCAAGCCUCGUCCAAUGACCAAUGACCUUCAUGAAUUUAUCUUGUUUGAGUCAAUGUUCCAUUGGUCAUCUUUCAUCAUGUCAGUUUUGGACCCCUGAAGACCUCUACUGAAGAGUCCAAAGGUAAUAUUGGUAAUAUGUAUGGGUAAAAAACUGUCUUCAGUAUGAAAAUAUUUGUAUUUCUGUAGACUCGCUACCAUUCACUCCUAAAAUGCCAAGAAUUAUGAUCUCUUAGUGAUAACAUUCAUCGGAUUACAACUGGACCUUUAUGUACAGGUAAAAACAUCAGGAACGUUGCUGUUUCAGUCGUACACUGAGUUGUAUAUAAAGAUUUGCAUACGCUGUUGUUUGGGAUUGAAACUGUCUUUUAUCAAUGACAGGAAAGCAAAAUGUCAUCACAUUAAUCCAUGAUUAUGUUGGUAAACGCUCACGUCUAAUUUGACUUAUCUUUCUUUUUUAUUAACGAUGAUCGAUGACCUUGUAUGUGUGUGGAAAGUUGGCCAAAUGAGUUCAACAAAUUAAUUUCUCUAAAAUUGAUGUGCUAUUUUCGUUGUUAUGCCAGGUCUGUAUUAAAUGAUGUCAAUUAGAUAUUUUGUUUUCCAAAAUUGUCUUUGUAUAUAUGAUUUUUUUCCUUUUUUUGAAGAGUGCUUGCAGGUUAUGUCAGUAUAUUUGAUAGCUAUGGGUGAGAGGGGGUUGUUAACUGUUCAGUAGACUGCUUCAGACAGAUAUCUGUACCCUUCCACCUCGCUCAACUAAUCUUCACAAACAUCUGCUCCUUCUUUUCACUUAAUUAAUAAUGAUGUCAUUCCAAGAGCCUUUUUAUCUAUGUGCAAUAUUUCCUAAUCAUGCAGCAUAACUCUAUAGCCACUUACUCUUUUUGAAAAUGUUGUGAGGUUCAUUUGCUGCCAUAAAGGCUUUGAUGUCCUUUUUCAUUUAGGACUGUCGUCUUUCAUAGUCGAAGAGGAGUUUUGUUUUUAUAUAAUACAGCUAAAUGUGGUAUGAAUGGAGAAAAAAAAAGGUGUCUGUGUAAUUGCACAAAUAACUGGAGACUGAUUUAAAGGCUUCAAAACAACAAAAUAUGACUGUUCCUGUGCAUUUUCUGUUUGUUUACAAACUAUUAAAGCACA